UUUGGCCGAGACCGGAAGGAGCCGGGGGCGGCGCUUAUUCGGUGUUCGUCUCGGCGAAUGAGUUGCAACUAAGGAAUUUAAAUAACAUCAAGUGGACGUGUCAGGGCACAGAAUCGGCCAAGUGGCGCGCACUUCAGAGCUGUUAUUGAAUGAAUGACGAAGUAGCCAACGGUUUUCCGCAGCCCGGGCUUCCGAGGGCGCCGACUCGCCGUCAGGCGCCAAUUGCCUCCAAAACCAGGAGAGAAGGACUCGCUCGGCCCCGCCUCCCUGGAUCGGGCUGGAAAGCGGACAUGCGCAGUGAGAGCCGGCCGCCUUCACGGAGCUUUCGCUCUGAGCCCUGCCUCUGAGGAGGUCGGCAAAGUGCAACUUUACCCUAAACAAAGUGGCAGGUCGGGCGCUGUCUCCCCAUCCUGCUUCCUGCUUCGAGGACACAAGUUUUAGUCUGUGGAGAAUUCAAAAGAAUUACGAAGUUAUGCGUAUCGCUAUUUUAAAGUUUAUCCGGCAUCGUGAAAGCCACUUUUGCUUUCCGACCUUUUUAAUAACCUAAUUCUUGUGCUAGUAAUUUCCCGGUAUCAAGAAGCUCUGUACCACAGAAACGCGUAUUUCCCCCCCACCCCCCCACCCCCUCCAUCACCUCCACUGUCUAGCACUAUGGGUAACCGCGAUUCAUUACCUGCCAAUCAUACGGCGUUCCUAGUCUCCGAAGAGCCAGUCUUUUCCGCCAUUUUUGUUUUGGGCCCUCCUUGAAAAACGGGCGGAGGCCAUUUUUCUUUGGGGUAGAUUCCUCGCGCUCUCCGGGGCCCCUCGCCCAGCGCUUCGCCAUCUUGGGUGCUGGUUUUGGCUUCCGGCCGGCUGUGAGGCCGCCCCGUUCAUUUUGUGUUUGGGCGGCGGCUGCGUUUUUACCAACGCACGGGGAGACCCUGGGAAAGGGGAAGUAAGGCCGAAGCUUGGGUCCCCAAAGCAUCUGAAGGUGGGCUGGAGAGCCUGCUCCCUGUUGAGUCUGAGUUCCUCAGCCAAGUACUACUACAUCUGUGACCCUGGACAGUAACAAAACUAAUAAAAGCCCGAACCCAAACCCUGCUACUAUCAUAGGUCUGUAAUUACUCUGGAAUCAAUAAUCCAUGGCGUCAAAGAAAUUUGCUGUUAAAUGUGGGAAUUUUGCUGUCCUGGUGGAUCUUCACGUAUUGCCUCAAGGUUCAAACAGAGAUACCAGCUGGUUUUCUGAACAUAAGAAAGAGGAACUCUGUUUACUGUUAAAAGAAACCAUCGAUUCAAGAGUUAAUGAGUACUUGGAAGUUCGUAAACAACACAGGCCAUCAAAUACAGAAUUCACAAGAUCCAGUCCCUUGACCUUAAAAGGGUAUGGCUUUCAAAUCACAGCCUAUUUCCUCAAGAGAGGGAUACGACUUCACUGUUUCAGGGGCUCACAGAGUGCUGAGCUCCGUGUAUUUCCCGACAGAUUUGUGGUCUGUGUAAGUCAGCUUUCAUUCAGUCGUGAUCUUUUGUCAAGUCAGAAUGAAGAAUUGACGGAAGGAGCUCUCCACGGAGCGUCUGAUUAUUUUGCUGAGUGUGCGGAGAGUCCACUUCCUCCCAGUGCAAAGCGCAAGAGAAGUGCUCUGAAAAAAAUUGUGAAAAGAACUGAAACAAAAAGCAGCAGCGUUGUGAGCAGACCAUGGAACAGCAGGGACAUUGUGGGAAUCAGUGACCCAGUGAUUGUGGAGCUAGUGAAGAGGAGGGGUGAGGCUUCAGCCAGUCCCCCAUCAGAGUCCACGGGACAAGCAAAAGAUUACAUAAAGGCAGCUGAGAGCCACUGGGGGCUUCCUGCUCAAAAGCUGGAAAAUGUUCAUCAGAAGCAGCCAGAAGACACUAGCAGCCAGCAAAAACCUCAUCUUGGGGAGUGGUUAGAGACAGGGCUUCUAAGCAGGAGCCCUGUCUAUAGCUGUGAGUCAGCAUCACCAGGUCCAAAACAAAGUCCGUAAGGGGCCAGAACACAACAGAAAUGCAGGAACUGUGGCUCUGCAGAAGACGUCGACCACCACAAGAGAGUUUCUCUUGGAAGUGAUCGAUUAGUCCCAAGAGAAAUAAUAGUGGAAAAAAGCAAAGCUGUCAGAGUUUUGCCAGCCUCAGAGCUGUCAGAUCCGGGGUUACUUUUGAAACAAGGUUUGGCAAAAACGACAUCUAAUGAAGAGUUGCAUGUUUUGGAAAAUCUCUCCUCCCUACAUCUCACAAAAAAUAAACCAGAGCAGGCACAGCAAACCGCAGCCACAAACACUGAAAGAUUAUCUGCAAUCCGGGGCAGCCCAACCAAGAAAAGAAAGAAGUAUGAAAGAGGCCACUAACCUACUAAAGGGGAUUGCAAAGUUGUAUUUGGGUGUAUAAUGGCUGAAGGUGUGGAAAGUGAGAGGGGUGUGCUGCUGCCAUGAUGUUAAAGGAAUUAGAGUGAUUAUUUUGUAUAGAAAAUAGGUAUCUGUGUGCAGGUUACUUUUUAACACAUUCAUCUCCAGGAGGCUAUGUGCUUUUUCUAACAACAUUGCUGAUUUCUCAUCAUACUUUAUAAUUGUCUUCAGAGCCAUUCACCUUGUCAAGGAUGACCGCAUCCCUGAAGGAACUUCACGAAGAAACCAAUCAUAUGCCUUUGUGGCUCAUCACUGUGCAACUGUAAGGUGGACCAUAUGAAGACAGUACCACAGUGCUGUAUCUAUAGGUACAAUUUCUUCUCCUGUUCCUCGGCCUGAAUUGAGCAGAAGUGAAGGAACAGGCUAGUGGUCCUCAACAACAUCUGGUUCUGAGGCCAGCAUCAUUGUCUGAAAAUGUGUUAAAAAUGCAGACCUUGGGCCCCACCCCAGACCUACUAAAUGAGAAGCAAUUCUGAAACAUGCUCCCAUUUGAGAACCAUUGUACUAAUUAGAGACUCCCUAGUGUUUGUUUUCUCCAGCCCGGCUCCCAUAGCCUCCAGCUUAUCAGCUGGGGCCCACUUGUGGACAGGCACCCCCUCAUGCUACCUUAAACUUGUAAAACACCUAGGUUCAGUGUAUGAGCUGCUGAGUUCCCGGCUUCUCUGCAGCGUGGUGGCCAUAGACUAUUACCUACCCUAAGAAGUGCUAGACGUUUAUGGGUAAUUUGGCUCAGCAUUAGAGGAAGACAGUGGAGGGAGAGGCAUACUCUCACUUGUAACCCAGGCAUGUCCCUGUCCCUGCCCUUGCCCCCAUCUCUAAGAUUUUGGUCAGGUUCAGGAAGGAUUAGAACCCAAGCGGAACUCAGUGGCCAGAGUUUCCAGUUUCCCAGUUGGAAGGCAUUACAGGCAGUUUAGAUUUCAAAACAGGAGCCUUCCAUUUGCAGUAUCACCCGCUAAUGUCUCCAGUGGGCUUGCUGAAAUGUCACAAAGUGAAUCAUAGCAAUGACUUAUUUUGGAUGGAUACCUACUAAAGAUUUUCUUAACCCAAUUUCAUUCUAAAAUAGAGGAAAAACCAUAUUCAAAGGCCACCCAUCAAAUAUAUCUUUUUUUUUUUUUUUUGCUCAACAUUGUGUGGUCCUUUGAAGUAGCACCUCCCUAGUAACAAGGAACAUCAAGUAUAUUCCCAGUGUUGGAGUUAGCGAAAAAUAACCCAGAAAAGGCCCAAUGAAAUAAAAGAAUAUGGAAACAGACACAGUGUAGGUGGUUCAGAAUGCUUGAAACUAAUUGUGGUUUCUCCUAGCUCUUUUUUACUUCCCCAUGAUUCCUUUCCCACUUAUAGGGUAAGACUCAUUAAGAGGCAACCAUAUUUCAUGACACCAUUUUGGGUCGUGAAAUUCAAUGUUGGUCAGUACGCCUGGCCAUGAAAGUAUAUGCUAGUCCUUUGAUGUUCCCCACACUGCCUGGAAACCUGUCCCCUUCUCAUGGUACCAGCCUCACCACCCACACCAGGAACAUACCCUGCCCACCAGUGUCUUCCUCUUCCUACAGUUUUUUUCCUGCUCUCUGCUGAUCCCAGUCAAAGCAUUCUAUAGGAGAAGAGGGAGCCCAGCAGAGUCCUAACCACAGUGGAGCAGAUUGUGUUCAUUCAGUUAGAGUAGAUUAGACUGCCCAAAAUGGAAAUGCUCCAUUGUGGGCUCCUUCUCUUAGAGUGACAACUAUUCUCAGGUGUGCUCUUCACUGAGGACAGGGGCAGAAUGUGUCACUGAAUCUUCUUAAACAGAAUUCUUGGAACAGUUUAAAGAGAAGGUGUACAAAUAAUAACCUAGGUGAUCGGCCAAGAAACAAUAAGCUCCUGGGAACAGAGUCUAGAAUAAAAAGGACAACCAUUUCAGAACAAUAGCUGCUGCCUACCCCAGAACUAGAAGAUGUUUGAAAUGGAGGCGCCAGAGAGAAGGUUUUAACUGAAAAGUUUUUAUUUCAUUUGUUAACAGGGGCUUGCACAGUGGGUAAAGCCAAUACUUGCGAUUUAAUGAUUUUCUUUCAAGAGCAGCGUUGGCUUUAGAGUUUGGUAUAUUUGUGGAAAUAACAGUUACCUUGACGUAAGAGGGAAAAUAGCACCUUUGGUUGUAGAUUGAUAGUCUUUCUCACAGCCCACAAGUCCAUGGGAUUGUGACAGGAUUAGCAGAGGGAACAGCUCUCCGUUUCCACACUGUGGCAUGUGUUUGAGGAAUUUUGCCUUUAAGCAUUUUCUUCCACAUGUCUGAAACACCCCCGGAUCUCUUAUUACUUGAGUGGUUGUGUGAUUCUUUGGAUGUUUGAAAGUACAAAGGGGAAAAUGGCUGCCAGGUUUUAUUGUUGCUUAUUAGCUGGGAAAUGCACAGUUCUCUAUGACUGGGAGUAGUAUGUGUGUAGACGUUCUUAAUAAUCUUGUUAAUUCCGCAUCUGAAAAUCUGAAAGCCUGUCAGUAUUCUUAGGCAAAAAGAACAAGUUCUUCAACCACUUACUUAAUAACCUAAACUCAAUUUAUAUUCAAGUUCCUGUAAUUCUGAUGCUUGGGAGAAAUGUGGAUCCAAUUCGGUUAAUGUUACAACUUUGAACUCGCUUUCUCAAUGUCAUGGCUUCUAAGUCACAUCCAUGUGCUUUCAGAUGACUUUUUAAUAGAUUGAUGUUGGGUUUUGUGUUUUGUGUUUUUUCUUUAAGUGUUUGUAAACAAACGUCUGAGAACAGUCAGUGUGAUUUUUCUUACAUGUUUUUUUUUCUUUGCCCCUGGAGGUUAACUGUUGUCCAGCUAUGCAUAUAAAUUGUUAAAUGCCAAGGAGCAGCAUUUGGGGAGAGAGGAGUGAGGGCUACAGCUUUUUUGUUUACUUUUGUUAAAGAAGUAAGAAAGUGUAUUUCAUUUUAUACAAAGCAAGAAUCAUGGAAAACUCUGUAGUUGGAUUUAUGGAGAACAUAGUCUGUGUCUGAAGGAGAUAUCUCAAGAUAUGUCUUGGGGACAACAAUGUGAUCACCGUUAAUUGUUUGCUUCUGGUGUCCUGUUCGGAUUUGAGCAUGAAUUGUUAUGCAUGUCACAGCCUUUGAUUUUUAUUGAGAGCUUGGUAAGGGCAAAGCACAUAAGGGAAGGAAACCUCUGUGCCCAAGAGAAUGGCCUGGGAUCACAGUGCUGCCAUUCCCAGUUUCCUUGAAUUCCUUCUUGGCAGCCCCACUGUCAUAUUUCCACAGAAUUUUAGUGAGUGGCCUUCCUUUGGAGGUAACAAAUGCCUUUCCUAAGAGCCAAAAGUCCUCUCUUCAGCAUUCCAUGACUUGAAUAUGGAAAUCAUUUUAAUUUCUUCUUUUCUCUUAUGAAGAAAUUUCCAAGCUUGGUUUGUUAAGACAAUAGAGUUCAUUCCUUAUUAUGGAAACACUAAUGAAUUGAAACAUGGUGGAGCAAGUAAAAAAUCAAAAUUAAGCUGAUCUCUGUUAAGUAGUGUAAAAUCUGCCUUAAGUAAACUAAGCAUUGUAAAAUGAAGUUAAUGCACAUAAUUGCUCAGGACAUAAGUCUAACUAUAUAUAUAUCAUUGGUAUUACAAUUUAAUGAUACGAUUAAAUUCUCAGAAAUCUGCAGAACUUCUAAUUUGGUUUCUGUAUUUAUUUAACAAGAUAAGAAACGGAUAUAUGUCAGUGUGUGCACUUAACAGAGAGGACUUGGGUAGAUGAAAUUAUUACCUGUAAUUGUGGAGAACAACUCAGUACUGGGCUUUAACCACAUUAUGUAAGUUUUAUUUUGCAGCAUAAUAUUGCCAUUUAUUGCUUUAUAAUUGCCGUUAGAAUUACUUAUCAAAAAUCUUGAUUUUUUAAUUAAACAAAAAUCAAUAAAACCAUACCUAAGACUCCAAAGCAUAUGAUCAGAUGACUGUAGGUGUGGAUUUGACAGAACCAAGUUAAAAAGCCAGACAUUGCAGUCAUCACUUGAGUGUUCUUUUUUCCCACUGCCCUUAUCCUGUCGUUUGUUUUGUUUGAGCUAUUUAAAUAGUUUAAAUAGUUGAAUGUGCCUGAGAGUACAUGAGUGAAAGUAGUAUGUAGAGGAAAUGAACCCACUUAUAAAUAAAAUUGUUUAAAAAAUUAAA